AUGCCCCAAGAGGCCAUCCCAGGGGCAGCAGCGCCACCAGGAGCCCUUCGUACAGGCGGCGUUGUCCCGAGGGGCUCUCCCAGAAACGGUGGCUCCUCCAGGGGGCCCUUCCAAAGGCGGUGGUACCCCCAGGGGCAGCGGCGAUCCCCAGAGGACCUCCCAAGUGCAACAGUGCUCCCAGGAGAUCUCAUUAGGGGCAGCGGUUACCCACGGUCCCUCAUAGAGACAUCGGCGCCCCCAGGGACCUUCUUUAGGUGGGGCAGCGAUCCCAGGGGCCCUGCUAGGGGCGGAGGCGUCCCAAGGAGUCAUCCAAAAGGCAGCGGCGCCCCAAGGGGCCCUCCCAGGGACAGCAACACCCACAGUGGACCUCCCAGGGGCAACAGCGAACUUUCCUUAGGGGCGGCGGUGCCCCCAGUGGUGACGACACCCCAAGUGCUCUCCAUCGGGGCAGCGGCAUCUCAUGGGACCUUCCCAGGUGCGGUGGCGCCUCCAAAGGCACUCCCAGAGACGACGGCGCUCUUAGGGACCCCCAGUGACGCUGACGCCCCCAGGGACCGUCCCAAGGGCGGUGGCGCCCCUCCCACGGGCAACAGAUUCGUCAAAUGCCCUCCUUAG